UCUCAAUAUGUCUAUCAAGAAUGUUCUUCUUCUUCUAGUGAUCAUAGGUGUUGUUGUCUCUACAAAUGCUCAGUUACCUCAAUUUCCGUUUCCUUUUCCAUUCCAACCCAUUCCCGGCAUGCCAGGGUUACCCGAUAUAGCAAAGUGUUGGUCAUCAGUUAUGAAUAUUCCUGGAUGUAUCACUGAAAUUUCUCAAGCCAUAUUAACCGGAAAAUUCGGCAGUAUUGGUCCAGCUUGCUGCAAAGCAUUCUUGGAAGGUGAAGCUAACUGCAUGCCCAAAAUCCCAUUCAAUCCAUUUUUUCCUCCUAUGUUGAAAGAGCAAUGUUCAAAAAUUGCAGGCGCAGUUCCUCCUGCCACCAAGUAA